AAACUCCUGGUCUACGUGGUGGCCGCUGAGCGUGUCUGGGCCGACGACCAGGGACACUUUGACUGCAACACCCGCCAGCCGGGUUCCAACAUCUGCUAUGACUACUUCUUCCCCAUCUCUCACAUCCGCCUGUGGGCCCUCCAGCUCAUCUUUGUCACCUGCCCCUCAUUCAUGGUGGUGCUGCACGUGGCCUAUCGAGAAGAGCGGGAGCGUAAGUACCAGGCCAAGCACGGGGAGCACACGCGGCUGUACGACAACACGGGCCAAAAGCACGGCGGCCUCUGGUGGACCUAUCUGAUAAGCCUGUUUAUCAAAACCACCUUUGAGGUCUUGUUCCUGUACGUGCUCCACUACAUCUACGACAGCUUCAAGCUGCCCAGGAAGGUCCAGUGUGAUGUCAGUCCCUGUCCGAAUCUGGUUGACUGCUACAUCUACCGGCCCACAGAGAAGACCGUUUUCACCUACUUCAUGGCGCCAAUUAUCCACCUGGUGGCGCUAAAGGCCUACUACAUAAUCAUAUUCUGA